AUCAUCAAGGGUUUCUAAAUUGUGUCCAACGGUGUACACCGCAAAACGCGAGGUAGUAUGAGAGGAGAACGAGGCAGAAGAACCCGAAGAACAAAGUGGAGUGGAGGAAUUCUGCAACAACAAAAAAAUACAACAGCAACAACCAAAAGUCAACGACAAUUGUGCUGCCAGAUCAGAUGAAGGAAAACAAAAAUCCGUUCAUCCGUUCUCCCUGAAGCAUCCAGACUUUGAUCCAGACCGAUCGCAUCGCAGGACACUUGAUGUCCUGCUCGGAUCACAAAGCUCGGAUGAAAUCGCGAAGAAUAGCUUCAAAAAAAACACUCACACACACAUGAAGACAAUUUUAAGGUAACGCGAAUCCCCUUUUCCACAACCCCAUACAUACAUACAUCUUUCAAGGCUAACACACACACUGCGCUGAACCAGUUUGCCGGCACGAUCGCGAUCUGUUACGCUGCCGGUGUUUAUUGUUUUGAUUUGUAAUUAUUUAGUACCGUUUACAUUUUAUUGCCUUUGUUUUUUUGUUUUGUUUUCGAUAUUUUGUCUUUCAUUUCCUCUGUAUUUAACGUUACGAGUUUGCAAAAGCAUCCGUUUUAUCCUGCCCGCAGGCCGUGUGUCUUAGACGGUGUCGCCUUAGGUUCUUGUUUGUAAAUGUAAUUUUAAACCGUAAGCGAGAGACGGAGCGAAAGAGGACGGGGUAGCAGGGGGAGGGAGAAGUGGACAGGCGUUAAAGUGGCAAAGCGAAUGCGUUAGAGCGUAUAAGUAGUUAUAUUCGUUAUUACGUGCUAGUUGUUAAGCAAAACAAACAAAACAAAAGAGAAGAAAACAAAAAGAAAACUAUUUAAACAAAGCCGGUGGACGAUGAAGCGGUGUGCGAGUGUAGUGUACUAGCAGUAGAAACCACUAAUUAGCAUCCGCUGGUAUAAGCAUGUUGAGAUGAUGGAUCCCCUUCAAUAGGUAAAGGGAGACAAAAGAGCAAACCGACUCUACCAACUACUACCACGAAAUACAAUAUGCCAAAUUUGUUGAAACUUUGUAGUAUAGAGUAUAUAAGGGUGCGAAUGCGUACUAGCAGUGUGGUAGACAAAGGUUUUCCCCGUACAAGCAAACGGAGUCGGAAAGCGAAUAGAAACGAUCAUGAACGCAAGAGCGACAAAAAAUCACACAGGGGUUCACAGGAAGAUAUUACUUAUAGUUGGUACGAUAUACUUAUUAGCAUGUCCCUUACGGAGCUGGAAGGGCUGGUUUUGUAACGUUGCUAGCUAAAACUCUUACGACGAACCCUCCCGUACACCGAUCGUACGCGGCACAAAGACAAAGCGAAACGAACAGAGAGCGCGCGGGCGAAAGAGAGCGAGAGAGAAAGAGGAAAUGCUUUUCUUUUCGUUAUUCGUAAAAUGCACCACGUUUUUUUUUGUUUGCUAGAGCGAAGAGAAAGCAAACCAAGCCGCCUCGAAACCAUUCUAGUCAGCGAGGAUGUUCGUUAAAUAGCGUGAAAGUGUGCGUGUGUGUGUAUGUGUGUAAACAUAACCCCAAAUCGGAAAGAAAUUGCGAAAGCGGAAUUUAAUGCGCCAUUACGCCAUUUUGUGAGGGUCUCUAGCAUAGUUCUAGUGGUACGAACAAACAUCGGAAAGAAGAAAAAUGAAACCAAACCCAACCAAAGAUCGUUCAAGUGUGUUGCUCAAGUUUAGUUUGUCGCAAGAGAUUGUAGCUUAUUGUAAAUAAUGAUAUUUAGAAGAGAAAAAAAACACACACACACAAGGAAGGGUGAAACACAUUUAACAGAACAACAACAGCGACCACAAAAAAACAAACAAACACCAACGAACACAUCCCCAAAAUCAAGAAUCAGGUACGGACAAUCAGUUUAUGCUUCACAUUUUUCAUAACCAAGCUUACUUUGUAGGUCGCUUGUAUGCACCUAGUCGGCCAUUUUGUAUGCUUUCAAAAUUUUGGAUUUUACACCUUCUUUCAUUCACGAUCUAACUUAGACCACCAUGGGUGUUUAGUACUGCAAAAUUCAAAAGUUCACUAGAAAAGCGAAAGGACACAGUUUUACAACGAUUUAGACCGUAAUGGCGUUAGCGUUAAAUUUAACAAUCCAAAACAACAAUCGACCAAGCAAAGCUUAAAACACAAAAGCCGAACAUUAUUGCGGUUAUUGUGAAGUGUGCAUAUCGGUGCCCCAGCUGCACAGUGGAUCAGCCCCACGAUUACCGUACCGUAUCUAACCAUGGGUCCAAAAACGGGUCGGCAGAGGGGCAAGGUGUAUGUGUGUGAGUGUGUGUGUGUAUGUGUGUUUUCAAUCACUCAGAAAAACUCCCAGAACUCCUGCCACGUUUCCUAGAAAAUCCCGUCCUCGUUUAGCUUGGAGUUCGAAGUAUCAGCUCGCGAUGAUGAUUGCAACUCAACCCUUGCGUGAAACACUGGGGUUUCCUCUCACUAGUUAGCAUUAUGUCACGCAACCUUUUUUCUCCUUCGAUUACACUUACGAAGUAAUACGUUAUUAGUUUAGAAACGAACAAAAAAAAAACCUUCAUAAAGACGCAGACGCUGGUUUGUUUUAGCAAGUACUUCUAAUACUCAUUCGAAUGUUGAUACUAACAACACGCCCUCCCCUUUCCCCCGUGCGGGAAAGGUGUUCAAAUUCGCAGAACGCUGCGUGUACCAAUUCUUUGCACCCGCAAUUCAAUACUUCCCAGCUGCCCGGAAGCAAAAUGACCGGGCGCCUCCAUUGCAUCCUUCCAUCCGUUCGAAGGUGCGUUUGAAAAGCAAUAACUACGACUACCACCACUACAGUAACUAUCCGCAUGGCAAAACCAAAAUCACCACCGCCCGUCCCGGGUAUCGGUAACGGUAUACACCUGCACACAUAUAGACAAUGAAACCAUUCUUCCAUUCUUCGACAACUGCAUACAACUUAAGAAUUUACUUAGAACUCUAAAUACCGCGUAAGUCUCGUUUCUAGGGUAUUUAAAUUGUAGCGUAGUAAGCGUUAAGCCAUCCUUCUCUCCCAUCGCGUCUGCGUGCGCCCAGGUGGAUUGUUUUACCCGUGUAGCGAUAGCGUACGCCACGCUACAAUCGGAAUUGUUGUUAUUGUUUCGAUCCUUAGAUACCGUUCAGUUCAGUGUAGUUUGUUACGUGUCCAGUCGUUGCAAUACCCAAUAAAGACCGAUACAACGUGGUGGCCCUCACACAGUUCAACAACAACACACCUGCACAGUAAGCGACACUUACUUACUUUUAAUUGCGAAAAAUGCCUGUGCACAACGACAACCGCUAGUUGGAAUGGAACGAAUAUGGAUGAGGGGGUUUUGUUUUUUUUUUUGCUGGAUACAAAACAAGCAAUCGAUAGCAAAACUGGAGGGCAAGAACAAAUGAAAACAUUGCAAACAAUAGUUUAAACAAAUAAAGAUAAACGAUCAGUCGA